UCUUCGUUCUUCUUCGUCAUCCCCAUUCCAACAAUGGAGAGAGUCGCUCUACUUCGCUCAUUAUCCACCUGCUCCUCAGUCACCUACCGGAGGCUCCUCUUCCGAACAAAGGCCAGACCCCGCGCUUCCUCCUCUAACCUCCACAGGCAUAAGCAGCAAAUGCAGUUUCUCAAUGGCUCUUCGGCCUGGCGGUGGCAGGCAACGACGACCCCUGUCCAAUCGCUACGCCUCAGAAGGAACUUUUCCUUCUCUCCCAGCGCCGUAUCAACUUCUUCCCAACCAGCAGCCCAAGAUGCAGGACAUGAAAUCUCUGAGAAGCACGGUUUUGAAAAGAUAUCUGAACAAUUCAUAAGUGAGUGCAAAUCAAAUGCCAUUCUUUACAAGCAUAAGAAAACUGGGGCAGAAGUAAUAUCAGUAUCAAAUGAUGAUGAAAAUAAGGUUUUUGGCAUAGUUUUUCGAACCCCUCCGAAAGAUUCUACAGGCAUUCCUCACAUACUUGAACAUAGUGUACUGUGUGGAUCUAAGAAAUAUCCUUUGAAAGAACCAUUUGUUGAACUGUUGAAAGGCAGUCUGAAUACGUUUUUAAAUGCGUUCACCUAUCCUGACCGAACUUGUUAUCCAGUUGCUUCGACGAACACGAAGGAUUUCUACAAUCUGGUUGAUGUGUACUUAGAUGCUGUAUUUUUUCCAAGAUGUGUGGAGGAUUUCCAGACAUUUCAACAGGAGGGCUGGCAUUAUGAGCUUAAUGACCCCGCCGAAGAAAUGUCUUUCAAAGGUGUUGUUUUCAAUGAAAUGAAAGGAGUAUAUUCUCAACCUGAUAAUAUAUUAGGCCGUGUCUCCCAGCAGGCCCUUUUCCCAGAGAACACAUAUGGUGUAGAUAGUGGCGGCGAUCCAAAAGUCAUUCCUAAACUCACAUUUGAAGAAUUCAAGGAAUUUCACCGAAAGUAUUACCAUCCAAGCAAUGCCAGGAUAUGGUUCUAUGGAGAUGAUGAUCCAGAAGAACGGCUGCGUAUUUUAAGUGCUUACCUCGACCAGUUCAAAGCAAGUCCCACCUCUAAUGAGUCAAGGGUUGAAGCGCAAAAGUUAUUCAAAGAACCAGUAAGGAUUGUUGAAAAAUACCCUGCUGGCGAAGGUGGCGAUCUUAAGAAGAAGCACAUGGUUUGUGUAAACUGGUUGCUAUCGGAUGGUCCCUUGGACUUGGAAACUGAGCUCACCCUCGGUUUUUUGGAUCAUUUGUUGCUGGGAACACCAGCUUCGCCUUUGCGAAGAGUUCUACUUGAAAGUCGUUUAGGAGAUGCCAUCGUCGGUGGCGGAGUGGAAGAUGAGUUGCUCCAACCACAAUUUAGUGUCGGAUUAAAAGGUGUCGCACAAGAUGACAUUAAAAAGGUCGAAGAGUUGAUCGUAAACACACUUGAAAAUCUGGUGAAGGAUGGCUUUACUACUGAAGCAGUAGAGGCGUCAAUGAAUACCAUUGAGUUUGCUCUGAGGGAAAAUAACACGGGUUCCUUUCCACGAGGAUUAUCGUUGAUGCUUCGCUCCGUUGGAAAAUGGAUAUAUGAUAGGGAUCCAUUCGAACCACUAAAGUAUGAGAAACCAUUGCGGUCUUUGAAAGAACGCAUAGCUAAAGAAGGUUCCAAAGCUGUCUUUUCUCCAAUAAUAGAACAGUACAUAUUGAACAACCCUCACCGUGUUACCAUAGAAAUGCAGCCUGAUCCAGAAAAAGCCUCUCGUGAUGAAGCUGAGGAGAAAGAAAUCCUUCAAAAGGUUAAGGAAAGCAUGACAGAAGAGGAUCUUGCUGAGUUAGCACGGGCUACGCAAGAACUUCGUCUAAAGCAAGAAACUCCAGAUCCACCUGAAGCUUUAAGAACUGUUCCAAGUCUUUCAUUGCAAGACAUCCCUAAGAAGCCCACACACGUCCCAACAAAUAUUGGUGAGGUUAAUGGAGUGCAAGUUUUGCAUCAUGACCUUUUUACAAAUGACGUUGUUUAUUCUGAAGUUGUUUUUGAUAUGUCUGCGGUGAAGAAAGAAUUGCUCCAACUGAUUCCGUUGUUCUGUCAGUCUUUGUUAGAGAUGGGUACAAAGGAAAUGGAUUUUGUCCAGCUUAAUCAAUUGAUAGGAAGAAAAACUGGAGGCAUUUCAGUUUAUCCUUUCACUUCUUCGGUACGGGGAAAAGUGAAUCCGUGCACUCGUAUUAUUGUACGAGGUAAAGCUAUGUCUGGGAAAGUUGAGGAUCUAUUUAAUCUGAUGAAUUGUAUUAUUCAGGAUGUUCAAUUCACUGAUCUGCAACGCUUCAAGCAGUUUGUUUCUCAAAGCAAAGCUAGAAUGGAGAGCCGAGUAAGAGGUAGCGGACAUGGGAUUGCAGCUGCGAGAAUGGAUGCUAAACUAAAUGUCGCGGGAUGGAUUUCUGAACAGAUGGGUGGUAUUAGUUACCUAAAUUUCUUAGAAGACCUUGAAAAAAGGCUUGAUCAGAAUUGGGAUGAAAUAUCUUCAUCGCUUGAGGAAAUCCGUAAAUCCAUCUUUUCUAGGAAAGGCUGCCUUGUUAACAUGACAGCUGACGAGAAAAACCUUAAUCACUCAACAAAAUUUGUCACUAAGUUUCUUGAUUUGCUCCCGAGCUCGGCAUCUGCUGAAUCCGACCCCUUGCGAAACCAGCUUCCUCCGGUCAAUGAAGCCAUUGUUAUUCCUACACAGGUUAAUUAUGUUGGGAAAGCUGGUGAUAUUUAUGAAGCAGGGUAUCAGCUCAAUGGAAGCGCAUAUGUAAUUUCAAAAUACAUUGGGAAUACCUGGUUAUGGGAUCGUGUACGUGUUAGUGGUGGUGCUUAUGGUGGCUUUUGUGACUUCGACACUCAUUCAGGAGUAUUCUCCUACUUGUCCUAUAGAGAUCCAAAUUUGUUGAAAACACUAGAGGUGUAUGAUGGGACCGCUACCUUUCUCAGGGAGCUCGAUUUAGACGAAGAUUCUCUUACGAAAGCAAUUAUUGGUACGAUUGGAGACGUCGAUGCUUACCAGUUGCCGGAUGCGAAAGGUUAUAGCAGUCUACUCCGACAUUUGUUGGGCAUAACGAACGAGGAACGUGAGAUAAGGCGCGAAGAAAUUCUAUCAACGAGGUUGAAGGACUUCAAGGAGUUUGCAGAUGUUGUUGAAACUGUUAAAAAUAAGGGAGUUGUGGUUGUAGUUGCUUCUCCACAAGAUGUUGCUGCAGCUAAUGAGGAGAAAUCUGGCUUCUUUGAUGUGAAGAAAGUUUUGUAAGAUUCAAUACAGUUUUCUGGCUCUAUAAUUAUAAUUUUGUUCACAACUAAGGCUUCUAAUUUAUUUUGUGGUUUGCUA